GCAAGAGCGACUUUGGCGCAUCUCUACAUCUUUUCGAGUGCGUGUGUCUGUGUGACGCGCACACGGUAUUGCAUUCCUUUCUGUUUUCACACCUUUAAGACCCUUCUUCGCCCUCUCUCUGUCUGUGUGCGGCUAUUCGCUGCGCUAUCCUCCCACCUUCAUCAUGUCACGCGUGCGCAUCCUGAACCUGCCCAACGACUGCACGGAGGAGCAGCUGAAGCAGCACCUGAUCCGCACCGCACCGCGCGACGCCCCGCUUCUCGAGAUCACCGAUGUUCAGUUUAUUCGGCGGCCGACCAACGCGAGAGAUCGCGAGCACCGCAAAAGACACCAGCAGCAGCAGCAGCAGCGCGGCAGUCGCAGCACGACGCCGACGCUCCUUCUGCGUAUGGCCUUUGUUGGGUUCCGCACCUCCGCGGCCGGCCACUUCGUCGCCGCGUACUUCAACGACUCGUACUUCCGCAGCGCCCGACUGCGGGUGGAGUUGGCGAAAGGUCUGAAUGACGUCGGCGUGACGGUAAACCAACUGCGCAAGCAGCAGCAGGCGGAGAAAAAAUCGGCGCUGCGAGCCGAAAGGAAGGAUGCAGAGGAACAGGGGCAGAAGGACGCGUCACGGAAGCGGGGCCGCGACGGGGAUGCCGCUGAUCACAAAGCCGAUGCAGCGGACGCGGUGGCCGAUGGACUGACGCGGCGUCAGCGCGAGUUCGUGGACCUGCGCAGUAAAGCCACCGAAGGCCCUACCUGGGCUUCAGAGGUGCUGCUGGCCCCUGAAGCUCCGACAAGCUCGUCCUCUCUGCACGCGGCCAUGGGCGAGGAAGGCUCGGGGGGAAGCGGUGCGUCAUCCUCCUCCUCUUCCGCAGCGCCUCCCGACGUCGAUGUGAAAGCUGACAGCAGCGCGGCGGUGGACAAUGAAGAGACGGAGCGUCGGGCGCUAGCCCGCCAGCAGGAACUAGGCGAGGUGAACGAUAUGGAUUUCUUGGCUGGGCUGGGUGGUGGUGGUGGUGGUGACAAGGACGUUGUUGCGACAGCAGCGGUGGGUUCUUCAGGUGAUUUGGAGGAUGUCGAGCGCGAUGCAGACCGGACAGCAGAAGACAACGACGGAGGGGAGAAGGAAGGCGCGAACAGAAAAAUGCACGAGAAGCGUGACGAGGCAGCCGGAGACGACGCCUCCGCAGCGUCGCAGGAGGACAUCGCCCGUCUCUCCCGCCGCAUUCGUCUGGGCAACAUCGCGUACAUCGCAACGGAGGAGCAUGUCAAGCAGUUCGCCGCGUCCCUUGUGGGACCGGUGGAGGCGGUGCACAUCCCCCUCACGAAGGACACUCGACAGAACAAAGGCGCCGCCUUCGUCUCGUUCGUGUCCGCCGACGACGCGGUGCGUGCGUUGCAGCUGUGUCGUGGUGCCAUCCUCAUGGGCCGUCUGUUGAGGGUCAGCGCCGCAGAGGAGGACCCGCACAGCCGGCGAGUGCUGGAACGCGAAGCCGCCCUCGCCUCUGCAGCCGGUGGAGCAGGAGGCGGCGGCAACGGCGGCAAUCUCGCUGGCUCCUCGCAGUUCAAGAAGCAGCGCGAGUCCGAUCGACGCGGCGAGGGCGCGGCUGGGAAGGAUGGCACAGGUGGCCGCAUGACGUGGAACACCAUGUACAUGAACAGUCACGCAGCGGUGGACACGGUGGCGCAGCGGCUCGGCGUGCGCUCCGAUGACGUGGUUGGGGUAGGCGCAAAGGGUGCCGCGGUGCGGGCGGCCAUCGCGGAGGCGUACUUAACCAGCGAGGUGCAGCAGGUUCUGAGUGACGAGGGCAUCGCCUUCGACCUGCUGGAGGGGGCAACGCAGAACUUCCUGAAGGCGCGCUCGAACACGACAAUUCUGGUGAAGAAUCUGCAGCUGAAGGACGGGAACGACGCGGCGGCCGUGACGAAGAUGUUCGUGCGCUUCGGUGUGUUAGAGACGUCCGCGUUUCCCUCCGCCGGCACAUUUGCGCUCUUCCGCUUUACGCACCCGCAGGACGCACGGGUCGCCUUUACCCGGCUGUCAUACAAGCUCUUCAACAACGCGCCGUUGUUUUUGGAGUGGGCCCCCGUCGGUGCCUUGACGGAGGAGGGCGAUGCCAUCGCCGCAGCCGCUGCGGCAUCCGAUCUAGGCAUCACCGCACCCAACGCCGAUAGCGGCACCACCGCGAAGGAUGCCUCGGCCGCCGACUCGAUGGUGUGCACCCUCUACCUCACCAACCUGUCCUUCCAGACAACGGAAGAUGAGCUGCACGCCUUCCUGUUAGACGCCUGCCCACGCCUCGCCCGCUCCCCCGACACCCUCAUCACUCGUCUCGUCUUACAGCAGGAGCAGGGUCGCGCCUUCCUCACGGUGGCGGAUGAAAGCACUCUCGCCUACUGCGUCGCGAAGAUCAACGGCAAGACGCUGGCCGGCCGGGCUCUGUCCUGCGUCGUCAGCAAGCAAACAGCGCAGAUGCAACAGCACAAGCAGGCGCUUGCGGCCGAGGGCGACGGCACGGGCAGGGACGUGCAGGCGAGAGCUCACUACAGCCGUCACGCAGAGGCGGACGACGAUGAUGAUCCGACCAAGACGGCCGUCAUUGCACGCCGUCGCAACGACGAGGGCGGCGCGAACCCGCAGUCGAAGGUGCCGCCAGGCGGUGACCCGCUGAAGCUGAUUGUGAAGAACCUGCCCUUCGAGGCGACGGAGAAGGACGUCCGCGAGCUCUUCGCCGCCUUUAGUGAGAUUCGCACCGUGCGUGUACCGCGUAAGAGCCACACCUUCUCCUCGCACCGCGAGAACAACCACCGUGGCUUUGCGUUUGUGGAGUUCCUCUCCGAGGCCGAAGCGGCGCGGGCGCUGGAGGCGCUCAAGGCAACGCAUCUGUACGGGCGUCACUUGGUGCUGCAGUACGCCAAGUUGGAUGGCUAG